UAGAUGUCAAUGCUUAAAAUUUCGAUAAAUUAGUCGAGUUUUAGAACUGAAUUAAAAGAAAACUAAUAGUGUUUAAAACCAACUAAGACAUGGUGAAAUCAGUUGCAGAACGGAUUGUCGGUCUUGUGUUGAUCAUUUCUGUAAUUAGAGAAACUCACUGCCAAAGUGGUGACCCUCCAUCUGAACUGGAUCUUAUUAAGUCCCAGCUCAAAAUGUUAACAAACCAAACUGCUCGCUUGCAAACGGAAAUCCAGUCCAAGAACGAUCUAACGCAAUUUCUACAGACCGACGUUCAGCGUCUGAAAUCGUCACUGAAUGCCGAGCAACAGAAGAACGCUGAUCUUGAGCGAAGACUUGUUGUUCUGGAAAGCAGCCUUAAAAGCAAUCAGGCAACCUUUUCCGAGACAUUCUCCACUUUAAAUUCUACACGAGAGACAGUGACGUCAUUGGAAAAGGAACUGCGACAAACACGUGAUGACGUCCAUAUGACGUCACAAUGGAUACAGACCUUCAACGCAACAUGCAUGAACAACUUUCAGAAUGUCACUGGGAAAGGACAAGACGCAAGGGUUCACUUUUCAUACAGGAGUCGCCAUAUCUCUCUUCCGGCGAAUCCCACCAAACCUCUGAUCUUUGCCAGCCUAAUAUCAAAAUCAGGUUCAGACUACAAUACCAACACUGGAAUAUUUACAGCUCCAUAUUCCGGAGUCUAUCUGUUUGCUGUGACAAUAGCAGCAGAAUCAACCGACUACUUCAACUGUUAUAUUCUGAUAAACGAUCGGAACUACUUAGUUGAGGUGUCUGCGUACAGCAUGUAUUCCUCCGCCAGUACGGUCGUGUUGUCUGAAGUCAAAGCCGGGGACCAGAUAUCUGUUGGCCAGUGUUCUGGGCCCGGCCAGAUUGGAAGUUACAAGUCGUCAUUUUCGGGAUUUCUUCUGUACACAAAUUAAAGAAUUGUUGAUAUGUGCAUAUUUAAACGUUGGUCAGAAUAAAUCCAUGUUCACAAAUAAAAACAUGGUGAAUACAAGGUUGUAAAAGGAACAUUGAAAGGUUUUA